AUGACCCAAGCUCAAUAUAAAUUGAAUGGUAACUCCCCCAUAUCUGCAGAUGAACGAUUUGAUGCCACCUUCCGUACCAAUGUUGUGGUGCGCUCCUCUGGAGAUUGUCUAUACCUACCUCCAGCGAUCUUUAAGAGCACCUGCUACAUCGAUGUCCGUUGGUUCCCCUUUGACAUCCAGAAAUGUGACCUCAAAUUGGGCUCCUGGACUUAUGAUGGCUGGUCUGUGAACUUGACCAUGUCAGAGGCAGACAUAAGUGGCUACAUCGCUAAUGGAGAGUGGGACCUUGUUGAGGUUACAGUAAAGAGGGAUGAGCACAUCUAUCCGUGCUGUCCGGAGCCAUAUCCCGACGUCAAAUACACCAUAGUGAUGCGCAGACGGACCCUCUAUUAUGGAAUCAACCUGCUGAUCCCCUGUAUCCUGAUCUCCAUGCUGGCCUUGCUUGUCUUCCUCCUGCCUGCGGACUCGGGAGAGAAGAUCUCACUUGGAAUCACAGUACUGCUCGCCCUGACCGUCUUCAUGCUGAUCGUUGCGGAGAUUAUGCCGGCCACAUCCGACUCAGUACCUCUGAUAGCGCAGUACUUUGUCACCACCAUGGUCAUUGUUGCCUUCUCCAUAAUUGCCACAGUUGUGGUCUUACAAUUUCACCACCACGACCCUAAUGGAGCCAGGAUGCCAAAGUGGGUACGUGUCUUCCUCCUGAAUUGGUGUGCCUGGUUUCUGCUCAUGAAGCGUCCAGAUGAGGACAAAAAGAACCCGCAGAACAGUCCGACCGGCAUUGACACAAAGGCCGGUGUUCCAUCCUCCACCAACGAUGAGGAUCAGGCUUUCCCCCCCAAAGGUCAAAGCUACGCAGCUGACAGCGGGGAACCAGAGCUCGUCAAGAUCCUAAACGAAGUGCGCUAUAUCGCCAGGCGCUUCCGUGUGCAGGAUGACGGAAAGACGGCGGUAAACGACUGGAAAUUUGCCGCGGCUGUGAUUGACCGUCUCUGCUUUGUGAUUUUCUCGCUGAUCAUUAUCCUCAGCACCUUAAGCAUUCUUAUGUCGGCACCAAACUUUCAUGAGGCCGUAUCCAAAGAUGCUUUCGCUUGA